AUGGUACCCUAUGUUGACAAGGUUGUUGAUCCAACAACCAAUCCUUCUACCGAAACACAAGAGCAAUGUGACUCUUCCUUUCAAGCAAGAAAAAGAACACCCGCUGGGGAAACAACUGAAGCUGAUGGCCUGUCUCUUAUCCGGCGAUCCCUGUCAAGUAAGGGCAUUUCAUCAAAAGCUCAAGCAACAAUACUCAACUCCUGGCGAUCUGGAACACAAAAACAAAACCAAGUCUUUCUCAACAAAUGGCAGUCAUUUGCUAAUCAGUGGAAUGCAGAUCCCCUUCAUCCAACUCUGAUUGAG